UGAAUUCUUUGAUGUGUCCAAAUUGUUUAUGUGUAACAUGAAGUACUAUAGAUUAAUAUCAUUAAUCUUUAUUUUAUAUCAUAUUGUAGUGUAUACACACAAUGUCUCUUGCACUAAAAUUCACAAUUUACAACCAUUUACAUCAAUAAAGUUCAAUUAUUCUAAUUACAAUAUACGUUCUGGAAAGCAAUUGAAGGAAAUUGAUUUGAGUACCAACUCCAAAGCACUGACUGAACAAAAGCAGCGAGAUUCGCGUGGUGUAUCAAGCUCUAAUCGACAUCUUAAACUAGGUGAUGCUCACCAAGUUGCAAACUAUUUUCUCACUGGAGGACCAUUAAAAGGUCAUGCACAUUUCGUAAGAGAUUGUGAUUCAAAUAAUGAUGACAAUGAUACAGAAAAAACAAGUAAUCCUACUAUUAAGACUAAUACAGAUUUACUUAUAAAUGAACAGGAUUCAAACACAACUUCAUCCGAUUCUAUUGUUGGGGCUCCUUUACCACAUAUUCCUCUACCACAUAUUCCUCCACCACAUAUUCCUCCAGUACCACAUAUUCCUCCACUACCUAUUCCUCCGCAUUUGAAUUCCAUUUUACAUCCAGCUUUAAAUACAAUAAGUAGAUUACCACAUUUGCUAGGGAAUAAUUUUUUACAAUCUGUAUUACACCCUGAUUUACAUCCACAUAUCAAUACAUUACAUGAUAUUCCUAGUACAUUAGUAAAAACAGUUAGUGCGCCAGUAAGUGAGUUAAUAAAUGCCAGAUCAGAGCUCCAAGAUAUGUUGCACCCAAAUGGAUCGUUUCUUAGAAGUAUCAAUGAAGCACGAGAAAAUAGAAAAGCAAGGAAAAAUCUUAAGAACAAUUUAAUGUUUCCAAUUGGACAACCACCUAUUGUAGGAUUAGCUCAACCAAAUUCCGACAAGAAUGUUCCACUAUCGAGUAUGAUCGAACCACAUCUUCCAAUAUCUCAUCCUCCUCCUAGUGGUUAUAUAGUGCACUAUGUACCACACAAUACAGAAACAGCAUUACAAUCUCCAACUGGUUCAUCGAAGUAAUUACCUUCGAAUUCUGAGAAUAAUAAUUUGAAUAUUCAAAACGAUCGAACAAAUUCCUUCAAUAGUAAAGUACCAAGAUGUAAAUGAAAACAAACAAUUAACACGACUAUCAGGAUUACAAAAUAAUGAUGAAUAAUAAAAGAA